UGUCACAAACGCGUGCACUCAUAAACAUGGCGGCGCUGGGCUGCAUCCGGAUUUGACAACUCAACUAAAGUCGUUAUAAAACCCCGUAAUAUCCUUUUAAAACUCUGACCCGCUUACUUCCACACAGCGCUGGUUCUGUGCGGUUUUGUGGCCCGGUCCGGCUCGGUGUCGUCGCCAUGGAAACAGAGGAACAGGCCCGGAACCGUUUUCAGGCUGAGCUCGAGUUCAUUCAGUGUUUGGCAAAUCCCAACUACCUCAACUUCCUGGCUCAGAGGGGAUACCUGAGGGAGCGGCCGUUCAUCAACUACCUCAAGUAUCUGUUGUACUGGAAAGAACCAGAAUACGCCAAGUUUCUCAAAUACCCUCACUGUCUGCACAUGCUGGAGCUGCUUCAGUACGAACACUUCAGGAAGGAGCUGGUGAACGCUCAGUGCGCCAAGUUCAUUGACGAGCAGCAGCUCCUUCACUGGCAGCACUACUCGAGGAAGAGGACCAGGCUCCAGCAGGCCCUCGCCGAGCAGGCCCCGCAGCAACAACCCACACAGCAGCACGGCAACGCCACCACCAAGUAACCAACGAGGACCAAACGAGACAAAACGGCGCCGCAGAGCUCAGGACAAAAAGCUGAACAAGUGUCCCUCUUCAGUCCUGGUUCAGUCCAUCUUCAGUCCUUGUCUUGGCGUCUGGUUCUAGUUCAGUCCAGGUGAGAGAAAGAGAAACCUUGGACACAAAAAGAGCUUUCACAGAUGGACUCUCACGGCUCAGAACAUGUUUAAACUUUGCCAUUUCUGUUUAAAAGUUUCAUGUAGAGAUUUGUAAAUAAAUGUGCUUUUGUUUCAUUUCAA